AUGAUAAAUGAAGGAGCUGAUAUUUGUGAUGUUGAAGAAAAUGAAAUUGGUUUUUGUGAACUUAAAAACCUUCAAAAAUUAGACCUCAGUCUAAACACCUUUGAAGGACAACUCCCUCAUUGUUUCACCAGCUUGAGCUCUAUAAGAGUUUUAGAUCUUUCUAAGAAUCGUUUCAAAGGAGACAUUUCCUUCAUAAUAUCCAACCUCACAUCUCUGGAAUACAUGAGCCUAAAGGAUAACGAAUUCGAGGGUAAAUUAUCACUUAGUUUAUUGGCCAAUCAUUCUAAGUUGGAGAUCGUUGAAUUGGCGAAUAUGGGAAAAAUGGAUGUUGAAACCGAAAAUUCAAAUUGGACCCCAAGUUUUCAAUUGAAAGUUCUUCUACUGUCCAAUUGUAGCCUUAAUAAACUCAGUGGCAAUAUCCCCACAUUUCUUUCAAGCCAAUACAAGCUUUAUCUGAUUGAUCUCUCCCAAAACAACCCGCGAGGAAAUAUUCCUAAUUGGUUGCUUCAAAAAAAUGCAGGAUUAGAAGUUUUAAACUUAAGAAACAACUCUCUUGUUGGCCAGUUAUCACUGCCUCCUCAUAAGAACAAUUGCAUUUAUUGGUACGAUCGUUCAAACAAUGAGUUCACUGGACAGGUAGGGAAAAACAUGGGAAAAAAGCUUCUAAGCAUUGAUUAUCUUAACCUAUCCAGAAACUAUUUCGAUGGUACCAUUCCAUCCUCAUUCGGCAACAUGUCUAACUUGAGUCAAUUGGACUUGUCUUUCAACAACUUUUAUGGAGAAAUACCAAAAGAACUGAUUUUCGAAUGCAUCUAUUUAUCUAUUCUCAAAUUAUCCAGCAAUAAGUUCGAAGGGGAAAUAUUUGCUAGUGGCUUCAACUGGACAAGUAUAAUUGUUUUAAGCCUAGAGGACAACCACUUCUCUGGAACUGUGUCAAAUAUUUUCACUUUGAGCCCUGCCGUGAGUAUGUGGGACAUUAGCAGCAACAAUUUCUCAGGUGAAGUCAGUUGGAUAUCUAAUAUAACAUUCAUGAAGAAUGUCCUCAUGUACAAUAACUUCUUCAGAGGCCGGCUCCCGUGUCAACUAGGGCCAUACGAGCUUUUAGACAUCUCACAUAACUCUCUUUUGGGGCCUUUACCAUCUUGCUCGACCAUCCAGGGUCACACAGUUUUACAGGGAAACAAGUUUACCGGACCAAUACCAGAUGAUUUUCUAAAUUCAUCAUAUCUAGUAACAUUGGAUAUGAGUGAUAACCUUCUGUCUGGUACGAUCCCCAACUCAAUCCAUGCGCUCUCCGACUUGAGGAUUCUUCUGUUGGGGUCAAAUCAGUUGAAUGGCUCCAUUCCCAGCCACAUAUGUAAUUUGAACAAAGUCUCCCUGAUGGACCUGUCCCACAACAAAUUCUCAGGGAUUAUUCCUCAUUGCAUCAAUAACAUCUCUUUCGGGAAAUUUGGUGUGUACGAUCAAGUAUUCGGCUCAAGAUACAGCAUUGAAUGGGAAAAUCGUCCAAUCUGUACAUAUGGGAAUAUCUUGGUGAGGACUUAUGACCAAGAGAAUGCAGUCAAAGGAUACUAUGGAUACGAUAUAUUAUUUGCUGUCAAAUUUGUUACAAAAGAAAGGUCCGGCUCCUACAAGGGAAAAAUCCUCAACUACAUGUCGGGAUUCGAUUUGUCAUGCAACAAUCUAACAGGAGAAAUCCCACAUGAAAUUGGAGAUUUGGGUUCACUUCAUGCGAUAAACUUGUCUCAUAACGGUCUUAAGAGUUCCAUUCCUAAAAUUUUCUCUCGUCUUUCCCAGAUAGAAAGUUUAGACCUUUCAUACAACAGAUUGAGUGGAGAGAUUCCACCUGAAUUGCUGAAUCUCCACUUUCUGGAAACGUUCAGUGUGGCUUAUAACAACUUGUCAGGUAAAACUCUAGAAAUGAAAGCACAAUUUGGGACUUUUGAUAGGAGCAGUUAUGAGGGAAAUCUGUAUCUUUGUGGACUUCCACUGGAAAAUAAAUGCUCUUCCACUGGGGAGAUGCCAAAGUCAUCAUCCAGUUCAGAGAGAGAGGACAGGAAAUGGUACAAAAUAGAUAUAGCAGAUUUUUAUCCCACUUUUAUUGUUUCCUACAUCGCGUUCUUUCUAGCAGCAAUUGCUGUUUUGUAUAUGAAUCUCUCCUAG